AGAGGGAGGCAUCACUCAGCAGAUUUUUUUUUUUACUGUGAGGGAGGCGCAACUGCGGGGGAACCCUGCAUUUCAUCCCACCCCCUCUCUCUACUCUGGCUGACAAUUGAAGGCAUAAAUUAAUUUACAUGCUGAUAUCUCAUCCGCCAUUGGCUGAGUGGGUCGUUCCACGGCUUGACAGUCAGACCUGCUAGUAUGGGCUGCAGUGAUUGGUCAGGUUUGGCUGCAGUAAGGAUGCAGGUUUCUAAAGGCUCUGUUUGCUGCAUUUCUCUGGCUGCUGGUGCUGAAGCUGGCAAAGUGGAAAAUCCUGUGUGUCUGCUGCUGCUAACAUCAUUCUCUCAUUCUCAACAUGAGAUCUUCACAGUGUGAAAUUCCAGGUUUGAUAAACGGAGAACUAAUCGUGCUGCAGAAGUUAAAUGGCAAUAGUUAGCUUGGAGCAUUUUGUUUUUAUCCUACUGCAGUUGAUGCCUAUGAACCUGGACAUCUGUCAACGCAGUGAUUUUUAAUAAGGAAAAGAUCUAGGAAGAAGAUGAGACACUGAGACACUGAGCUGGAACGGUGAAGCGGUAGAAAGUGGAGGAGUCCUCUCUGCAAUCCCUCGUUGUCCUCGUCUGACCUCUCUACACUUGUUCUGCUAAUUCAAGUCCUCGCUUUCAGCCAACAGACACAGAGUGUCGUCGUUGUGUUUGAGUAGUGGGCAGUCUCCCAGACACAGUGAGCCCCGGUUUGAGGUUAUGCUGGGUUUCCUGUGCCAGAGCCUUUUUGGCAACACACGGUGUAAGCCUGCUGAAAGUCAGUUGCUAGGGGAGAAAGAGACUGAGGCUGCUGGGAAAUGCAAAGAAACGCAAGCCGGUGUCCACGAAAGGAGCGCACACUCGUCUGAGCGCACAGAAAGUAGCAGCAGUAAUGUUACUCCAAAGAAGACCACCGUGUUAAUCAUGGUGGCACCACCUAAGGAUUUUCAACAGAAAAUAGUGAAAGCAGGAGACAAAGACCUGGAUGGACAGUUAGACUUUGAGGAGUUUGUUCAUUAUCUCAGAGACCACGAGAAGAAACUCCGGCUGGUCUUCAAGAGUCUGGACAAGAAGAACGAUGGCCGGAUAGACUCACAAGAAAUCAUGCAGUCUCUGCGUGACCUGGGCGUGAACAUCUCUGAGGAACAGGCUGAGAAGAUUCUCAAAAGAAUAAGGAGGGGUCAUAUCUGGGCCCCUAUCUUGUACAUGGACAAAAAUGGCACAAUGACAAUCGACUGGAAUGAAUGGAGGGACUACCACCUCCUGCAUCCAGCAGGCAACAUUCCUGAGAUCAUCCUGUACUGGAAACACUCCACGAUCUUUGAUGUUGGCGAGAGUUUGCUGGUACCCGAUGAGUUCACGGUAGAGGAGAAGAAAACAGGAAUGUGGUGGCGACACCUAGUGGCCGGAGCAGGAGCUGGUGCUGUGUCUCGAACCUGCACGGCACCACUGGACAGGCUGAAAGUACUCAUGCAGGUUCACGCCUCCAAGAGCAACAGCAUGCACAUCGCUGGGGGCUUUUCCCAGAUGAUCCAAGAGGGUGGCAUGAGGUCACUGUGGCGAGGCAACGGCAUCAAUGUCAUUAAAAUCGCCCCCGAGUCUGCCAUCAAGUUCAUGGCCUAUGAACAGAUUAAACGAAUAAUUGGAAGCAACCAGGAGACGCUGGGCAUGGCGGAGAGGCUGGUGGCAGGCUCUCUGGCUGGAGCAAUCGCUCAGAGCAGCAUCUACCCGAUGGAGGUCCUGAAGACACGGUUAGCCCUGAGAAAGACGGGCCAGUACUCAGGCAUCUUGGAUUGUGCCAAACACAUCUUCCAGAAGGAGGGUGUGGCUGCUUUCUACAAGGGCUACAUCCCCAACAUGCUCGGCAUCAUCCCCUAUGCUGGCAUCGACCUGGCUGUGUACGAGACUCUUAAGAAUUCCUGGCUGCAGCGCUACGCCACAGACAGCGCUGAUCCGGGAGUGUUUGUGCUCCUGGCUUGUGGCACCACUUCCAGCACAUGUGGCCAGCUGUCCAGCUACCCACUGGCCCUGGUCAGGACUCGAAUGCAGGCACAAGCUACCCUGGAAGAAGGCCCUCAGAUGAGCAUGACAGGCCUGUUCAAACACAUCAUUAGGACUGAGGGGCCCAUGGGACUCUACAGAGGCCUGGCACCCAACUUCAUGAAGGUCAUUCCAUCUGUCAGCAUCAGCUACGUGGUGUACGAGUACCUCAAGAUCACACUGGGGGUCCAGUCAAAGUGAACAGGGAGACAGAAAGGAGAUCAAGAUGCCAAAGUUUUAUUUUGUUUUUGUUUUUUUGUUUUCUUUUGAGCUGAUGCCUGACUGAGGAACAAGCAGCUGACAUCCAACAUUUAAAUCAAAUAGAGAAAUUCCAGGGUUUAAAGGAGGUAAGUGAAGAGGAAAGGCUGAUGAAGACUUUACAGGUGCAGGAGAGCUCGAUUGAGCAAAUGUCUGUAAGUUAAUAUUAAUAUCCUCCUUUUAACAAUCCAGAAGUGCUUCAGCACCUGAAUCUUAGUUCAGGAAGUUACCAUUGAAUUCAAUGAAGUGGUUUACUGGUCUACCAGUAAAAUAUACCCACUGCCAUCAAUGUGGCAGGAGCAGUUCAUUGUACAGGAAGAAUCUUUGUCUUGAAGGGCUUUGCUAAGGCGUAUCACAAGGCAUUUGCAAUGUCUCCAUACUGGAAGACUUGAACAUGAAUCAUCAUGGCUGUGCUCAAAGCUCAUAUGGAUUUAUGGAUGGGAUCCACAGCUUUGUUCUGUGUAACAAGGUGAUCAAUGGUCAAACAAGACCUCAUUAAAUAAUGACAUUUAAUUAAAAUUAAAAUUAGCUACACCUCCCGUGUUACCUUAAUAUCUUUCAGUUUUUAACCACACUUCUGCUGAGGACCUAAGAAAGGCUCCAUUAUUUAUGUCCAGUCGUGCUGUUUAAUUUGAAAUGUGAAGUUUAUUUAGAUCAGAUGAAGUCCAGUCUGAGCUGGCGCACUUUGUUGCACUUUGUUUAACAGCGACAGUCUUCUGAAUUUGCCAAGUUUGCCAACAUUAGCUGCUGAUUAUACCAGACCUGAGUGUACUGACCUGAGCAAGGGUGUUUUUGAACAUUUAUGAAUGCAGCUUUUUAUUUGUAUAAAGACUGUUAUUUCUUUCAGCAGAUCCUGUUAGUUUUAUAUAGCAGGGGUUCUCAAACUUACUCCUCAAAGAUUUGCAUCUGAUUUCUUUGUUUAAGGUUCAAGGUCUUGAACAAUUGGCAAUAACAAAAUAACAUUAAAUCAACUCACUUCUCACAUACUACACUGACAUUAGAUGCUUGAAAAAACAAGGCAUGUUCUGUAUCUGCAAUUUAGAGCUGAUAGUUUCAAGCUGCACUGUAAAUUCAGUGUCACUAACAAUUUAUUGAUCAAUAAAUAUUAUUUUAAAAUAGAAAAUUUUACACUUCCAGAUCAGCUUGCCAAGUGUGGACUGAGGUCCAACUCUUGUACAGAAUCCUGAAUCUGUCACUUAACAUUUACCUGCAAACUGAACAGCAGCAACAGAAAGACUGACUGAAGCUACGUGGCUUCUUUUUGAGGACUAGAGGCAGCAGGAUGAUGAAUGAUCCACAGAGCAGCUUGUUUUUUGAUGCUGUGGAUGUCUACGCUGUGUAGAAGCAGUGGGAACCUUUGCACUCCAUCUUAACAUCAUUGUAGACAUUUCCAAUUAGACAAAAUACCAUUCAAAUCAGCAGGAAGGCCAUGCAUGUGUUGUUCCUAAUCGUGAGGCACAUGAUGAAACUUUGUGUUCAACAGCUUUGUUGUUGUUCAGGAACACUUUGUGUUGGUUGUCAGAUCAGAUCCCAAAACUGUGCUGUAUUCAAAUUUCAUAGAUAUAAAAUCUAAAAUAUAUAAAUCAAGUAAACCAUCAGGAAGAUGGUUAUUGUUUGCCACACUCCGCCAACACACUAACAUCAUGUCGUGAGGUCCUUUGACUGGACAGACGCUUCACAGAAGCAUCUUAGGGGUACACUGCCAUUCCUCCUUAGUUGCUAUGCAAUAAAUCAGUCAUCAUAUUUUUACCCUCCGUUUCCCUUUCCACAUGAGCCAUCAGGUGAAAAUGGAAUAGUAUUAGUCACAGGAGGCUUUCUGACGAGGAUGAUAUGGCUGUUAAUAUUUUUUCAAAUGUCAUUGGUAGCUAAAGAAACUCUAAAUAUUUAUCCAGCUUGACAGCUAAAGACAUUUUUCCAUUCUUGUGUGAUGUAAGUAAAUACUCCUUUAAGUCACGUGAGGGGACAUCCAUGCAGAGGCAGCACUCUCAUCCUGACUGAUGCCUGUGUCAAAUGGUCACAAAUUCCCAUGAGUGCCUUGCAUGCCAAGCCCCUCUUACGGAAAUGUACCUAAACACUAUGAGGUGGAGUCUGUGGAGCAUUGAAUGCACUUUAAGGUACUCUGCUUUAAAUUCCUGGUUUUCUUUUUAUUUAUUACUGUAUUUAUUUAUUUUUACAAAAACUGAUUCAUGACUGAAUAUUUGAUCUGUUGGUUGUAUUGAAUAUAUAAUAUUCAGUUUUUGUUUUGUCUUUUUGGUUUUUUUUUUUUUUUGGGGGGGGGGGGUUAAAGUGAUUGAUCUGGUUUCAUAUUCAAAGCCCCAGUAUGGAAGGCCAAAGUGUUCAAUAUUAAAUAAAUAAUCAUACGAUAAAUACAUUGUGUCAAGAAUGUAAAUAUACCAACAAUUUGUUAAAUGUUCAUCAUUCUUUACUUAAUGUUUAUUUCAUUAUAGAUCAUUUUAUUUACAAAAGUUUCUAUAUUUUUCUGAAUGGUAUUGUCCCAACAAGUUUUAUUUCCUGAUAUCAGUGUUUUCGCAAUGGCAUAUUUAUGACUGUGGUGUUGUCAUUAACAAGGCGACAACUGUGGUCAAAUUUAGCUGGUGAGCUAAAGCAAAACCAGUGUCAAAGUAAUAAACCACGCUCACAACCACACCUAGCCUGUUAGCUUGUUAGCCAGCUAAUUAGGUAGCAUCAGCAGCCUUGUUAAGUUAGAAAAGUUAAAAGAUGUUUGUUGCUUUGUGUGCUGUUUUUGUGGCAGCGACCUCCAGUUGGUUGACAAAGAUACCAAUACUACCAAUACAAUACUUUGGUAUUGUUGUUGCUCUAGCUAACAGGUGUUAACUGGCUACAUUUUGCUAGCUUAAAGGACCAGUGUGCAAUGUUUAGUGGCAUCUAGUCAUUCUUGAAAUGUGGGAAAAACUAGAAAGGCACUAUUUAGUGCAAGUGUUUAGUUUGUCUGCUCUGGGCUACCGUAGAGACAGGUGAUUCAACAUGGCAGACACUGUGGAAGAGGCCCUUGGCAUUAGGAAAAUAAAAAUGAAAUCCUGUGAAACUCAACAAAAAACUCAAUUCAAUUUUAUUUAUAUAGCGCCAUAUCAUAACAAAAGUUAUCUAGACCGUGUUCUUUAUAAUAGUAUUUACAGAGACCCUCCCAGAAAAAAAAUUGUCAUGUACAUAUACAAUUUGGCCAUGCAUAGAUUUUUUUUUCAUAUUACUAUGAUUUAUAUAUUUGUUUAUUUGACAUGGAACACUUUGGGGCUCCAUACAAAGAAAAAAAAAAAACAACUCUCCAUCUCAGCUGCAAACACUGCUCAGGCAAAAACACAGCUGACUGUCAUUAAGAACAAGUGAGACAAUAUGCAAAUGAUCUCAUCAUAUUUAAUGGGGUGUAUGAAGUAGUAAAGUACUGUAAUAAACAGACUGCUGUGUUCAUUAAAGGAGCUCCUACCCUGCUGUACAAACCAGUGAUCUGUGUGUGCCUCUGGUAGACCUGCAGUCUCACACAUUGAACUGUCUGUCUGCUUGUGACCUUCAGAACGCCGGGCUGCUUCUGUCAGCCACCUUACUUGAGCACUACGUCUGCUUUUGAAAUCACGCUGUGUCUUUGUAGCAGGAGGGAGAGGAGACGAUGGGUCUCUGUCCUCUUCCUCUCUGGCCUAACAAGUGUUUAUCUGACCCCUCGCUCUGAUUGCUUAUAUACAUAAAAUGGUGACACAGAAUGAUGUCACUAUGUGGCUGCGUGUGUUUUCCAUACUUCGUGCAGUGAAGAGUAACGCUCCAAUGUCUUAAAAGUAGCCCUCACUGUAUGUUGUACUGACCAACAGACAGUUUGACAAAUCACCAGUGCAGCUUGAAAUGUACAGGAACUACUACACUAUUCAAACUGAAGGCUACAGUGUAUAUUGAUAAAAAGGUGGCAUAGUUUACAAGGUGUAUCCAGUAUAAUUCUAUAUUUCUAUUUUAUUUUAUUAUGCUCACUAUAAGUGACAGAGAUGCCAGGAGUAUGUGAAUCCUUGUAUAGUAGUUGUUUGUUUGUAGAUGCAUCUAUUGAAUGAAUGUUAUGAUGAAAAAAAUAUUCAUGCUUGUGUAUCUCAGCUGUUAAAUAAACUAGUUCAGCCAGU